AUGACGUUACAAUCAAUACCAGUUUGGCUUGAUUGUGACCCGGGUAACGAUGAUGCUUUCGCUAUAUUAUUAUCCAUUUUCGAUUCUAGGUUUAAUUUAUUAGGUAUUUCAACAGUUCAUGGUAAUGCACCAUUAGAUAAAACUACAAAAAAUGCCCUUGGUUUAUUAGAUUUAUUACAUAUUUAUAAUAUUCCAGUUUAUAAUGGAUCAGAACUCCCACUUGCAAAAUUACCAAGAUUUGCGACUCACGUACAUGGAAUAAAUGGAAUUGGAGGAGUAGAAUUACCGAAUUAUACAAUAAAUCAACAUUCAAAUAAUGAAUCAUACCUUGAAGGUAUUAAACAAGCUAUAGAUGACAAUGAAAAUGAAAUAUGUUUAUGUUUUACUGGUGCUUUAACUAAUUUAUCAAAAUUAAUUACAACAUAUCCAAAAGUAAAAGAUAAAAUUAAAUACAUUUCAAUUAUGGGUGGUGCGUUUGGAAUAGGUAAUAUAACACCAUUUUCAGAAUUUAAUUUCCAUGCUGAUCCUAAAGCUGCUAAACAUAUAAUACAGGAACUACAAGAUAAAAUUAUAUUAUCUCCUUUGAAUUUGACUCAUGAAGUAACUGCAAGUGCUCAAGUUGUAAAAGAAAUGGAAAGAAAUGGUCAUGAUUCAAUUAUAUGGAAGGCCUUUUACGAAAUUUUGAAUUUUUAUUACAGACAUCAAACUAAGAAAUUAGAUGGUCCUCCAUUACAUGAUCCAGUUGCAUUAUAUAGUUUAUUACCAUUCAUAAGUCAUGAUUUUAAAAGUUAUGGAUAUAAAUAUUUAAGAAGGAGGAUAGAUGUAGUUGAAACAGGAGAGAAAGAAGGUCAAAGUUAUAUAAUUGAUAUUGAUAUACCAAUAGAUAAACAAGAAGAACAAGGUGUUUAUAUUGGAUCAGAAUUGGAUGGUGAUUUAUUUUGGGCUAGUGUUUUAGGAGCUUUGAAAGCUGCUGAAAUGCAUGUAAAUAAACUAGAGUUAGAAAAUAAUAAAUAA